AUGUCCUUCCUUGGUGGCGCCGAGUGCUCGACUGCAGGCAAUCCUCUUACACAAUUCACAAAACAUGUACAGAACGACAGCUCGUUACAACGGGAUCGCAUGGUCGGCAAUGCUCCAGGAGUAUUGGGAGAGACCAUGCGAUCAAGAUUGGCACCCAACGGAUCCGAUCAGAUGAUGAACGACUUUGCACAACAAGCUGGUCCAGGACCACAGCCUUUUGCUAUGGAACAGAUGCGACAAGACCUUCCACACCUACAAGGCAUGACUCAACGAACUCCUUCACCUGGUUGGGCGAAUGAAUUCGACCCUGGCGAGCAAUCACGUAUGGAGGCAGCGUUCGCAUCAUCCCAGAUGAGUGCCAGACCAAUGAAUGGGUUCAGCGCAGGUGAAUUCUCAAAGUUUCAGCAAGCUCAACCAGCCGGCAGGACAAUGAGUCCUGUUCAGCAAGCCCCUCAGAACAUAAGCAGUAUGUAUCGUCCUAUGGGCAUGAACCACUACGGCGGAAUGGGCAUGUAUGGCGGUGGCAUGCAGAUGCAGCAACAACCACAGACAGAGGCUAAGGGGAAAGCCAGAAUGGUCGAGCUCGAUGAUCAAAAUUGGGAAGCUCAAUUUGCCGAAUUGGAUCAGCAAGAUAAUAUAUCCGAGCAAGCACGAGAAGCGAUGGAAAGGGAACUCAACGAUAUGGACAGGUCAGUGCCAUCCGAAAUGCGUUCACUUGAUGGGAUGCACAAGGUAUGGAACAGAAUAGAAGCUGAACAUGAUUUGAGUAGACAAAUAACCGACGAUCUCGACGAGAACCUGUACUCUGCCGAAGACUACGCCGCAUGGGACAACUUCGAUUCGAACAUGGGUCUCAAUACACAUAGUUCCUUCUCGCGAGAACCUUUGCUAGGCAAUUACAUGUUCGAAGACAACAAUCCUUUCUUACAAGACCAAGACAUAUCCCGUUCAGCCUUCGAUAAAGGUAUGGAAAUUAUGCGAACACACGGAAACCUGUCGCUUGCCUCACUAGCUUUCGAAGCCGCCGUUCAACAAGAUCCGAACCAUGUCGAUGCUUGGGUACAGUUAGGUAAUGCUCAAGCACAGAAUGAAAAAGAGGCUCCAGCAAUAAGAGCACUGGAACGUGCCUUGCAGUUAGAUCCCAACAAUCUGGAAGCACUAAUGUGUCUCGCUGUGUCUUACACUAACGAAGGGUACGAGAAUGCCGCCUAUAGAACACUGGAGAAAUGGUUGAGUGUAAAGUAUCCUCAAGUAUGUCCUCCGGAUCAGCUCAGCUCGCCAGCAGAUAUAGGCUUCUCGGACGGAGAAAUUCUACAUGACAAGGUCACCAACCUCUUUAUAAAGUCAGCUCAACUAUCGCCGUCUGGUGAGCUAAUGGAUCCCGAUGUACAGGUUGGGCUAGGUGUCCUGUUUUAUGGCCAGGAAGAUUUUGAAAAAGCAAUAGACUGCUUCAACGCAGCGCUUGCAUCACACGAGUCUGGAACAGUAAACAAGGAAGGACAAAUACAUCUGCUCUGGAACAGGCUAGGAGCCACCCUGGCUAAUUCAGGCAAGUCAGAAGAAGCCAUAGCGGCAUACUCACGAGCAUUGGAGGAAAAUCCAAAUUUCGUUCGCGCAAGGUACAACCUGGGUGUUUCGUGUAUCAAUAUAGGCUGCUAUCCAGAGGCAGCAGGACAUUUGCUGGGAGCAUUAUCUUUGCACAGGGCUGUCGGUGCACAAGGGCUAAGUCAAGCCCGAGACAUCCUGGACGAUGGACAUGGUAAUCCGAUCGGUGAUGCGGAGCUGGAACGCAUGAUUCAUCAGAACGAAAGCAACAACAUCUACGAUACCCUUCGACGAGCAUUUAGCGGCAUGGGUCGACGCGAUUUGACAGAAAAGGUUGGGUUAGGCAUGAAUUUGGAUCAAUUUAGGGGCGAGCUCGAUUUCUAG